UGGGGGGGACACGCCAGCAGGCCCCGAGGCGGAGCGGUUCGUCCCAGUCCCCCGGCAAGGGGGAGCGGUGGCGGCGGCGUUUCCAUGGCGCCCAGCGGGCGGGGGAACCGGGGCUGAGGACCCCUCCUGCUCAUGGACUCCGCCGCGGCGGCGGCCGCCGAGGAGGAGGGCAGGGAGAAGCCCCCGGUGAUCUACACCAUGGAGAACAAGCCCAUCGUGACCUGUGCUGGAGAUCAAAAUCUAUUUACUUCCUUAUAUCCUACGCUUUCUCAGCAGCUUCCUAGAGAACCCAUGGAAUGGAGGAGGUCUUACGGCCGUGCUCCCAAGAUGAUUCAUCUCGAAUCUAACUUCGUUCAGUUUAAAGAGGAGCUAUUACCCAAAGAGGGGAAUAAGGCCCUUUUGACUUUUCCCUUUCUUCAUAUUUAUUGGACAGAAUGUUGUGACACAGAAGUGUACAAAACUACAGUCAAGGAUGACAUCACCAAGUGGCAGAAUGUUCUUAAAGCUCACAACUCAGUGGACUGGCUAAUAGUGGUAGUUGAGAGUGACGCUAAGAAGAAGAACAAAACAAAUAUCCUUCCUCGGACCUCUAUAGUAGACAAAAUAAGGAAUGACUUCUGUAACAAACAAAGUGACAGAUGUGUGGUACUUUCUGACCCUUUGAAAGACUCUUCGCGUUCUCAGGAAUCUUGGAAUGCCUUCCUGACCAAACUCAGGACCUUGCUUCUCAUGUCUUUUACCAAAAACUUAGGCAAGUUUGAAGAUGACAUGAGAACUUUGAGAGAGAAAAGGACCGAGCCAGGGUGGAGUUUCUGUGAAUAUUUCAUGGUCCAGGAAGAGCUGGCCUUCGUCUUUGAGAUGCUGCAGCAAUUUGAGGAUGCUCUGGUGCAGUAUGAUGAACUGGAUGCCUUGUUUUCUCAAUAUGUGGUCAACUUUGGGGCCGGUGAUGGUGCAAACUGGCUGACCUUUUUUUGCCAGCCAGUAAGGAGCUGGAAUGGUUUAAUUCUCCGAAAACCAAUAGACAUGGAGAAGAGAGAGCUAAUUCAGAACCAAGAAGCUACUCUACUGGACUUGCGUAGUUACCUAUUUUCCCGCCAGUGCACGUUAUUAAUCUUCCUGCAGAGGCCAUGGGAGGUUUCCCAGCGAGCAUUGGAGCUUCUUCACAACUGUGUGCAAGAACUCAAGCUAUUAGAAGUCUCUGUUCCUCCUGGAGCUUUGGAUUGUUGGGUAUUUUUGAGUUGUUUGGAAGUUUUACAAAGAAUAGAAGGCUGCUGCGAUAGGGCUCAGGUAGAUGCAAAUGUUUCCCACACGGUUGGUUUAUGGAGCUAUGCCACUGAAAAGUUAAAAUCUCUGGGUUAUCUGUGUGGACUUGUGUCAGAGAAGGGACCUAAUUCAGAAGACCUUAACAGAACUGUUGACCUGUUAGCAGGUUUGGGAGCAGAACGCCCUGAAACAGCCAACGCAUCACAGAGCCCAUAUAAGAAACUUAAAGAGGCCUUAUCAUCUGUAGAAGCUUUUGAAAAACACUACUUAGAGCUGUCCCAUGCCACCAUUGAAAUGUACACAAAUAUUGGAAGAAUUCGCUCAGCUAAGCUUGUGGGAAAGGACUUGGCAGAGUUUUAUAUGAGGAAGAGGAGUCCACAGAAGGCAGAAGUCUACCUUCAAGGAGCCCUGAAAACGUACCUUGCGGAAGGCUGGGCACUGCUUGUCACACAUACGAGAAAGCAGUUAGCUGAAUGUCAGAAACACCUUGGGCAAAUAGAAAAUUAUCUUCAAACGAGCAGCCUUUUAGCUGGUGAUAAUCACUUAACAGAAGAUGAACGCAGAAGCUUUUGCCAAGAAAUACUAGAUUUUGCCAAUCAGAAAGCAGAGAGCCAAGGUCAAAAGGUUAUAUUGCCUAUGCACACCUUCGCGCAGUUGAAGACUCUACAUUUUGACCCUCCAAAUGCCGUCGUCCAUGUGGGUGGAAAGUUGUCCAUUGAGUUGACCUUGCUGAGCCAAAUGCCCAUCCCUGUCCAAGUGGAUCAGAUGGCCAUCCACGUUCACUUCAGCGUGGAAAAAAACAGUUACAGGAAAACAGCUGAGUGGCUUACUAAGCACAAAACUUCCAACGGUGUUAUCAGCUUUCCCAAUGAAGUUGCAGGCUUUCCUUUGUCAAGAAACAACCUGCCAGCUCUGGAGCUAUAUGAAAUGUACGAACGGAGUCCCUCAGAUAACUCUUUAAACACAGCAGGAAUCAUCUGCAAAAACGUGCACAUGCUACUACGAAGGCAAGAGAGCAGCAGUUCACUGGACAUACCCUCAGGGGUAACGUUAGAAGAUGGAGCUCAUGUGUUGAAAUGCAACAACUUAAUACUGGAACCAGGGAUCAAUAAAAUAACAUUCAAUACUCAGGCCAAAGAACCUGGGACAUACACCCUCAGGCAGCUGUGCACUUCAGUGGGAAAAGUACAGUUUGUCCUUCUCCAUAUUUAUCCAAUUGUACAGUACGAUGUGUAUUCUCAGGAGCCCCAGCUAAAAGUGGAACCAAUGACUGAUAGCCUUUUGGCUGGCAUUCCUCAAAGGGUGAAAUUCACAGUGACUACUGGCCACUACACCAUGAAGAACGGGGACACCUUGCAGCUCAGUAAUGCAGAUGCCAUGCCUAUUCUCUGCCAUCCAGAGAGUAAGGCAGUGAUUUAUUCCAAUACAAGAGAAAAGAUCUCAGAGUCAUCAUUAAGGAUUCAAUCUUCUGAAAAGAUCACAAGCAUAAGUUUGCCAGUAGCCCCUGCAUAUCAUGUGAUUGAAUUUGAACUAGAAGUCAUGUACUUGCCAUCAGCCACAGAAUCUGCAGUGGAGAAAGAAAAUACUACAAAUAAAGAAGUUCACAGAAAAAACAAAGAGAAACAGAAGCAGGACAACUGCAUGGCUACUGUUGACCAAAAAGUGACCAUUGAUUGUCCUUGGUCAAUUUACUCCACUAUUAUUGCAUUAACAUUCUGCAUACCUUUUAAUGCCAAGCAUUCCUUACUGUCAGCUGGCAAACGGAAAUACGUGCAAGUCUGUGUGCAGAAUUUGUCAGAACUCUGUUUCCAGCUUUCAGAUAACAGCCUAAAAAAUUCUGCUGACUGUAGAGAUUUGCAGCUGGUACCUCUGAACCCUGAAUCUCAACAGGUCAUAUACAGUAAGCAAUCAAUAUUCUUUGUAUGGGAAUUGAAGUGGACAAAAGAGCUUCCUCUCUCCUUGCAGUGCCUGUUUUCAGUAAGCUUUUGUCCAGCUACCUCUGAAGAACAGUCUUUCACCCUGAAGCCGUUCACUUACGAAUUCCAAGUGGAAAAUUUUUUUACACUGUAUCAUGUGAAAACAGAGAUUUUCCCACCACUAGGCGCAGAGUAUUGUAAAACAGGCUCACUCUGCUCUUUAGAGGUGUCAAUCACCCGGCUUGUUGACCUUUCGGAGGUUGACAGAGAUGAAGCAUUAACAGAAUCAGAUGGAUAUUGCACAACAAAACUUAUGUAUGAGGUUGUUGACAACAGUAGUAACUGGGCCGUCUGUGGAAAAAGUUCUGGAGUGAUAUCUAUGCCUGUAGCAGCUCGAGCAAUUCACAAAGUCCACAUGGAAAUGAUGCCUCUGUUUGCUGGCUAUCUGCCUUUUCCUGAUGUCAGAUUGUUUAAAUACCUCCCUCACCAUUCUGCUCACUCCACGCAGCUCGAUGCUGAUAGCUGGAUUGAAAACGAUAACCUAUCUGUGGACAAGAAUGUGGAUGAUCAAGCUGACAGCAGCAGCAUAAGGAGCAGAGGCAGCUUGCAUUCUGCAGCUAGUGGGGAACAUAAAGGUUUGCCAAUGCCCCGCCUGCAGUCCUUUUCACCGGGUCAGGUCUUCAACUGCAGCACGGGUAUGCAAAUACUUGUCAUUCCCAGCAAGGAUGACCACGUUCUGGAAGUCAACAUCACGUGACAACUCUGUAUGAAGGCAAGGAAAACAAAACCCAUUAGAAACUGGAUAUGAAAGCACUUUAAAGGAUUGUGACCUGAUUAGUCUUUGUUGUAACAUUCUAACUCUAAGGAGACCUAUGGCACUCGACAUGUACUGGCCAUGGAAGCACCAGACAAUUGUAUCAAUUUAAAUGUACAGUGAAGCUUGUGUCAGCUAGUUUAUAUUGCCACUUUAGUAUGUUUUGUGUAAGCUGUUGGGUUUUCUUCCUUCAAUCACAUCAAGCACCACAAUACAGGGCAACAAAAACAAAUAAAUCCAAAUAUUUAAACCACUUCUUUAUUUUUGUUUCAUGCUUCCUACAUGGUUUAGCAUUUAAGAGCUGGAUGAUGUUAAUUAUCCAAAUCUUGAGUUUUCACAUAAUAAUUCACAGGCUUUUCCACACACGUGCCAGAAACACAAUGCAGUAUACAACAGCACAUUUACUGGUGGGUUUGUUUUACUGCUGGUUCCUGCCAUCACAAUUUUGUAUUAAACUUCCAUCGUUUAUUUGCUUAGAGGCAUGGAAGAGCUACUGCUAUAAACAAUCCUAACUGGACAAAUUUCCUUAAUUUUUUUUUUUGAGGCUUUCUCCUUCACAGAGUAGACACUGUGCUGUCACAUGAUUAUUUUUCAUUUGAGAGUUGUGUGGGGGUUGAGUUAUCCUCUUGCAUCGUUCUUACCAAAGAAAGAUACUGACCGAAUAAAUUAUCUGGCUUAUCGAGUUCCCAGAUUAAUUUCUUUUAGUACCAUUUCUAAGUGGCUUGGUUUGUUGUCCCAGUUUUUAAAUUGGGGCAAAAAAAAAAAUUCAGUAUGAUGUGAUACUUGAACAGUCAACCUUUCAUCAUAAAGGCUUAGUGUAAUUAUUACUGAUUAGAAGCCAGACUUCCACAUUCGUGAUGGAAGAAAGAGGUUGGUUUGAUAUAGGAAAGCUUGCAGAUGUAGAAUAAUUGUGAAGCAAAGUUAAAACUUGUAACUUAAAGAAUUUCAUUAUUUAUAUCUGAAAUGUAAAUACAGAAAAUGUACAAAAAGGAAAAAAAAGGUGUAAUUUUGGUGAAUGUUGCAAAUCCACCUGUGACUGGAAAAAUUACAGUUCCUUCUGAUGCCCUGCUUCUGAUAUUGCAACUUGUGCAUUUAAUGUGAGAAUGACCUUUUCUACUUGCAGAUCUAUCAUGGUGCGUUGUCAGCAGACUCCACAGAGGGAUAGAUGUCCCAUAUCAAAUACUUGUCAGCAAAGCUGAAGUGAGGAACUGCUCCUUAGAUAAAUUCACUGUUGUUAUUAUUUUCUAAACUCGGGUUCUUCUAAAUUAUAAAGGAGGAAAAAAAAAAAAAAAACCAAAAACAAAGCCUCUUUCCAAAAAGAAUCACAAUUAAGUUUAAAAAUUAGUUGAUACCCUGCACUAGUCUUAACUUUUUCUUCUUUUAAUAAAUACAAUUCAAUCUAAAUAGAGGUAUAAAAUCAACCUGCUAGCUGAAAAACGUUCUUGUUAUGCCCUUUCUCUGUGGAAAUCAUACCAUUUUCUUCUGGAUGAAACCCAAAGCACUUAGUGUGAAUGACUGCUGGGAUUCUUUGACUGGAAAAGGUAACAAGUUCACUGCAGGUAUAACAAUUCCAUUCUCAUGGUUUGCUAUUAAAUCAUUUUUCACAUCGUUCUGUAAUAUACUGUUAGAACAAACACAUUGUACUAAGAUUGUUUAAUGAAAUUGUAAGCGUUGCAGUUCUAAAUAUACAUGUUUUAAACAGAAAACAA